AUGAUCAGUAUAAGACACAAUCCAUUAAUAAAUAUAUUUUACUUGCUUGAUAAAGAUGGUGUAGAUGAGUUUAUGAAACUAUCACAUGAUGAAAUAGAAACAUUCAAUCAAACUUAUGAUUAUCGUUCAGUAAUGCACUAUCCUGAAGAUUCAUUUUCAUUCGACUGGAGGCUGAAAACAAUUAUCCCGAAACAAGAAAAUAAACAGGAAGUCCCAGCUAUUGGAAACAAGAAUGUACUUAGUUUGGGUGAUAUUGCUACAACAAAUCUUUUGUACCAGUGUCCCAAAUGUGGAGGAACAUUAUUGGGGCCUAGUGGUAUUUUUAGCUCGCCAAUGAACACAAAUGGAUCGUUGGUUGGCUCUGAACGUUGUGAAUGGAGAAUAAGAGCUGCCAAAGGUGAAACAAUCGAACUUUAUAUUACGGCAUUAAGUAUAUACGAGAGCCCUGAAUGUACAAUUGAUUAUUUGGAAAUUAAAAAUAAAUACGUGACUAAUAUUAACAUAUCGGGUUAUCGUUAUUGUGGCAAUAUUUACGUAGCUAAGUUCUUAGCUAGUAAUUAUUUGGUACUGACAUAUGUGAAAGCCAGUGGCUCAAGUAUUUUUAACAGUUUUCGAAUUGAUUACAAGACUAUUUGCGGAGGUGAUAUUGACAUCGAGAAAGAUACACCUCUCAGUAUAGAAUCGACAAACUAUCCUGAUGCGUAUCCGCCAAAUAGACGGUGCAUUUGGUAUUUUACAGCACCAGAUAAUCAUCGUAUAGUAAUGAAGAUCAAUUACUUUGCUCUUGAGAUGAGCGAUAAUUGUAACAAUGAUUUUCUCGAAAUAAGAGAUGGCAAUGAUAAACAUGCGGUUCUUAUUGGGCUCUACUGCGGUAUCGAAGACUCUUGGCACGUUAAUUCAACGGAUAAUAAAUUGUCGGUUGUAUUUGUGAGUAAUGGAAUGAACCAGAAUAACGGCUUUUCAGCCACGUUAACAGCACUGCCUAUAAAUAGUUAA